GGCGUGCGGAGUUGAGACUGGGAUUUAGCUUCUCUGCGUAGGUGUCCGGCUUUGAAAUGCAGCGGGACUUAGUGAGUUUCCCGCUGUCCCCAGCGGUGCGGGUGAAGCUGGUGUCUGCAGGUUUCCAGACGGCUGAGGAACUCCUAGAGAUAAAACCGUCCGAGCUCAGCAAAGAAGUUGGGAUAUCUAAAGAGGAAGCCUUGGAAACUCUGCAAAUUAUAAGAAGAGAAUGUCUCACAAGUAAACCAAGAUAUGCUGCUACAGCUGAGUUAGGCAAGAAGUGUACAGCACUGGAACUUCUUGAGCAGGAGCAUACCCAGAGCUUCAUAAUUACCUUCUGUUCAGCACUAGAUAAUAUUCUUGGGGGUGGAAUACCCUUAACCAAAACAACAGAAAUUUGUGGUGUACCGGGUAUUGGAAAAACACAAUUAUGUAUGCAGUUGGCAGUAGAUGUGCAAAUACCAGAAUGUUUUGGAGGAGUGGAAGGUGAAGCAGUUUUUAUUGAUACUGAAGGAAGUUUCAUGGUUGAUAGAGUGGUAGACCUUGCUGCUGCGUGCAUUCAGCACCUUCACCUUAUAGCAGGAACACAUAUGGGAGAGGAGCACCCAAAAGCUUUGGAGGAUUUCACUCUUGAAAAUAUUCUUUCCCAUAUUUACUAUUUUCGUUGUCGUGACUAUACAGAGCUAUUGGCACAAGUUUAUCUCCUUCCAGACUUCCUUUCAGAACACUCAAAGGUUCGAUUAGUGAUAGUGGAUGGUAUUGCUUUUCCUUUUCGUCAUGACCUAGAUGACCUGUCCCUUCGUACUCGAUUACUAAAUGGCCUAGCCCAGCAAAUGAUCAGCCUUGCAAAUAGCCACAGAUUAGCUGUACUUUUAACUAAUCAGAUGACAACGAAGAUUGAUAGAAAUCGGGCCUUACUGGUUCCUGCGUUGGGGGAGAGUUGGGGACAUGCUGCUACAAUACGGCUAAUCUUUCAUUGGGAUCAAAAGCAAAGGAAUUCCACUCUCCCAUUCAUGGCUACAGUGUUGGAGUCCCCAGAAUGCUCAGAAUCUCCUCAGGCCUCCAACAGCAUGAUCACCUGUGACUUGGCUCUGGAAGCCAUGAGGAAGCAGCCUGGUGGCCAGCCUGGCAAAGUCAACACUGGGCCCCAGUCCUGAGUGGCCACCACCAGCCACCAGCCUCAUUCAGAAUGUGCUGGGCUCAUCAGAGCUCUUCUCCUCCCCUCCUGGUAGACUAGACAGGCUGCAGCAAGCAGAAGCAGUUGGGUUCUUUUAUAUCAAAACAGCAAAACACCAAAAGGGAAGUUGAGAGAACCCCACUAUUUACUCUCCAAGCCACACUCAAGCCUUCCUGACAUCCUGUAACCAUGUGCCUUGAACCAAGUAGAAAAUAAACUCCAGGGGUGCCUGGGUGGCUCAGUUGUUAAGCGUCUGCCUUUGGUGCAGGUCAUGAUCCUGGGGUCCUGGGAUCGAGUCCUACAUCGGGCUCCCUGCUGAGCAGGGAGUCUGCUUCUCCCUCUCCCUCUGCCCUCCCCCUGCUUGUGUGCACUCUCUCUCUCUCAUAUAAAUAAAUAAAAUCUUUAAAAAAAAAAACUCCAAGCAGCCAGUAAAAAAGAAAUCAACAUUACAUUGUAUGUAAAUAAGUGGUCCUGUUAACUCAGUUUAUGAUUUUUCUCUAAGUUAGAAUCUGCAUUUUGUGCAGUUAUGUCAAAUCUUUUUUGGGGGGAGAGGGAUAUGGUAUUUUUUAAAAUUUAAAUUCAAUUAGCCAUCAAAGUACAUCAUUAGUUUCAGGUGUAGUGUUCAACAAUCCAUCAGUUGUGUAGAACACCCGGUGCUCAUCACAUACAUCAAUUUUUUAAAACUGGUAAAUUGUGGGGUGCCUGGCUGGCUCAGUCAGUAGAUCAUGCAACUUGAUCUUGGGGUUCUGAGUUCAAGCCCCAUGUUGGGUAUAGAGCCUACUUAAAAAUUUUUUUAAAUUGUGGUAAAUCGUACAUAUCAUAAAGUGUAUCACUUUAAUCGUUUAAGCGUAGUUUGGUGAUAUGAAGUACAUUCACAUUAUUGUGCAGUCAUCACCACCAUCCAUCUCCAGAACUUUUGCAUCUUCCCCAACUGAAACUGUUCCCAUUCCCACCUAUUCUUCCCUCCCCCGAGCCUAUGGCAACCACCAUUCUACCUUCUGUCUCUGAAUCUGACUACUCUAGGCACCUCAUAUAAGUGGAAUGAUAACAAUAUUUGUCCUGUUGUGCCUGGCCUUUUUUCACUUAGCAUAGUUUUCAGUGUUCACUAUUACAUGUGACAAGAACUUGCCUUUUCAAGACUAAAUAAUACUCUGUUAUAUGUAUAAACUACAUUUUGUUGGGGCGCCUGGGUGGCUCAGGUGGUUAAGCGUCUGCCUUCGGCUCAGGUCAUGGUCCCAGGGUCCUGGGAUCGAGCCCCGCACCGGGCUCCCUGCUCCACAGGAAGC